AAAAAUCCUCUGAAUCCCUCCAGCACCUUUUCUCGGUCUAUUUAAACACUUCACUACAAGGAAGCUCAGCAAAGAGAUCGAAAAUGGAGGAAUCACCAGCGAUAUCCUUCGGCGAAGAGCAAGAGUCUUUUGUGCUGAAGUCAUGGACUGUGAUGAAGAAGGAUGCAGCAGCAAUCUCUCUGAAGUUUUUCAUGAGGAUCUUUGAGAUUGCACCUUCAGCAACGCAGUUGUUCUCUUUCCUGCGCGACUCCAACGUGUCCCUGGACAAAAACCCAAAGCUUAAAAGCCAUGCCAUGGCGGUCUUCGCUAUGACCUGUGAGUCAGCAGUGCAACUGCGGAAAGCUGGCAAAGUUACAUUGAGGGAAGCAACCCUGAAGAAGCUGGGCGACACUCAUUCCAAGUUUGGUCUGGUUGAUGAACAUUUCGAGGUUGUAAAGUCUGCACUAUUAGACACAAUAAAAGAUGCAGUUCCAGACAUGUGGUGCCCAGAAAUGAAAACUGCAUGGGGGCAAGCUUAUGAUCAUCUGGGUGCAGCUAUCAAAGCAGAGAUGAAGCCUCUGCCCUCCUCCUAGGGUUAUGCUGGCUUCGAUAUGUAUAUUUUGAUUGAUCCUCUUAGAGUACCAUGAUGCAAGGUCUUAAUGCUGCUUUUAGAUCAUGGUAGCCUGGUUUUGAAUUGCCACAUAUUGUCCAUCAUCAUGUUUUGUAUGUUUAUUAUGGUGUCUUUCCUGAACUUGUAUGAAUUUAUCAUGACAAAUUAGAUGUGGAUGCUAGAUUGUCAUUAUUUUGAAAAAAACUCUUAACAAAGAGGG